AAAAAGCAGUGCGUCUGGUUUUGGAGGGAGAAGACGACUUUGACAGUUCGACUAGUGGGAAGGCGGCAAAAAGCUCCGCCUCGCAUUGGGACUCUCGCCGGCGCCGGACGGCACCACUCUCGCCGGUCCGUCGGCUCCGAGCUCCACUCCUCUCAAGUCCAUCUACCUACCCGUCUGUCCGUCCCUUCCGCCGGCGAUGUUCGGCUCCAGCUCCAGGUCGCAGAGGUCCUCUGCUUCGACUAUCUCGCCGUUCCGGUCUCGGAAGUCCCCGGCACCGCCGCCGCCUGCGUCGAAGCGUCCGGUGACUCCCUCCUCCGCCUCUUCCUCCCAGCCUUCCUCCCGCUCCUCAUCUUCUCCCGCCACAGCUCCAACAUCCUCCGGGACCCCGAGCUCCGGCCCCAGCCGGUCCCCGCCGCCUCCCCCGGGGCUUGACCGGCCGGAAUCGAGCAAGAGCAAGGAGAACGAGAACGAGAACGUAACCGUCACCGUUCGGUUCCGCCCUCUCAAUCCCAGGGAGAUAAAUAAAGGAGAUGAGAUUGCUUGGUAUGCUGAUGGGGAUUUCACAGUGAGGAAUGAGUACAAUCCAUCUAUCGCCUAUGGAUUCGAUAGAGUUUUUGGUCCAGCUACAACAACCCGGCAUGUUUACGACGUUUCUGCUCAGCAUGUAGUUAGUGGAGCUAUGCAAGGGAUAAAUGGCACAGUAUUUGCAUAUGGUGUUACAAGUAGUGGGAAGACCCACACUAUGCAUGGGGAGCAAAAGUCACCAGGAAUCAUUCCUUUGGCAGUGAAGGAUGUUUUUGGAAUUAUACAAGAGACACCUGGAAGAGAGUUUCUUCUACGCGUUUCAUAUUUGGAAAUUUACAAUGAGGUCAUUAAUGACUUGCUCGACCCAACUGGGCAAAACCUAAGGAUACGAGAAGAUGCUCAGGGGACUUAUGUUGAGGGAAUCAAGGAGGAAGUCGUCUUGUCCCCUGCUCAUGCGCUGUCCCUGAUUGCAGCUGGAGAAGAGCAUAGGCAUGUGGGUUCUAAUAACUUCAACCUUCUCAGCAGUCGAAGCCACACAAUUUUCACUUUGACCAUUGAGAGCAGUCCGUGUGUUGAAAAUCAAGGGGAAGAAGACGUGACAUUGUCCCAGUUGCACUUGAUUGAUCUUGCUGGAUCAGAAAGCUCUAAAACUGAAACAACUGGCUUGAGAAGGAAAGAGGGUUCCUACAUAAACAAAAGCUUACUCACUCUUGGCACUGUGAUUUCCAAAUUGACUGAUGGAAAGGCAACUCAUAUUCCCUAUAGAGAUUCAAAACUCACUCGUUUAUUGCAAUCAUCUCUUAGUGGUCAUGGACGGAUAUCGCUCAUUUGCACUGUGACCCCUGCCUCUGGCAAUAGCGAGGAGAUACACAACACACUGAAGUUUGCACAUCGGAGCAAGCAUAUGGAAGUCAAAGCUUCCCAAAAUACGAUCAUGGAUGAGAAGUCACUCAUCAAAAAAUAUCAAAAAGAAAUCUCUAGCUUGAAGGAAGAGCUUCAACAAUUAAGGCAUGGCAUGAUGGAGAAUCCUUACAUGAAUUCAUCUGCACAAGAAGAUUUUAUUAAUUUGAAGCUUCAGCUGGAAGCUGGUCAAGUUAAACUGCAGUCAAGACUGGAAGAGGAAGAGCAAGAUAAAGCAGCUUUAAUGGGAAGAAUUCAGCGACUAACUAAAUUAAUCCUGGUGUCCACAAAGAAUGCUAUGUCAACAAACAUGCCAGAAAGGACGAGUCACUGGAGGAGGCAUUCUUUUGGAGAAGAUGAGUUGGCUUAUUUGCCUGAUAAGAAGCGAGAUUACAUGGCUGAUGAUGACUCUGGAAGUUAUGCAUCUGAGUUAUCAGUUGAUGGAAGGGAUGACGGGACCAAUCUAGAUGAGUUGGUUAAAGAUUUCAGGAAAAAUAGAAGGCGAGGAAUGCUUGGAUGGUUCAAAGUUAAAAAGCCUCAGAACUUGCCUGGAGGGUCAACAACUGGCGAUGGUGAGAGCUCCGCUAGCGCGUCCCCUGCAUCUUGUUCUAAAUCAUCCCAAAACAGAGUCACCUUCAGUGAUAUAGGCGAUGGGCGAAGAAAAUCAGUCAGCCGAAGAGGGAAUGACUCUUCAGCGGCUAAUUCAUACCCAGAGAGAACUCAAGCUGGAGAUUUGUUUAGUGCUGCAGUUAAAGGACGUCAUUUGCCUCCGACUGGCAGUACCAUUACGGAUCAAAUGGAUCUCCUCCGCGAGCAAGUUAAAAUGUUAGCUGGUGAAGUGGCACUCUCUACCAGUUCUCUCAAGCGAUUGUCUGAACAAGCAGCUCGCAGCCCUGAUAAUUUACAGCUUAAGGUACAAAUGCAGAAGUUAAAGGAUGAAAUUAGCAAGAAGAAACAUCAAAUCGGCAUCUUGGAGCAACGUAUGAUUGGAUCCCUUGAGACAACCCCACUUGCGUCAAAUAUGGUUGAGAUGGAUGAGGCAUUAUCCAAGCUCACUACUCAGUUAAAUGAACGGACUUUUGAACUUGAGCUCAAGACAGCAGAUAAUCGGAUACUUCAAGAACAGCUUCAGAAGAAGACGUCAGACAAUGCUGAAAUGCAAGACACAAUUCGCCUCCUAAGACAGCAACUUGAUAUGUUAUCUGAUGAGAGGUUUGUUGAUCAAGUAUGUGGUGCGCAGAGUGAAGCUAGCCUUCCUCAAUCUGGUUCUAAUCAGUUUGAAGACAAUAUCGAAUCAAGGAAUAAGAUCGGUUCCUAUGAAGAAAACAAUGCAGAUGAAAACACACCAACUAGUGUAAUGAGCUUGAAUAGAGUAUUUUUGCAGGAGGAUUCCACAGAAUGCAAUGGGGAUGCAUCUUUGAGUUCCCAAGUGCUUAUGCAGGCUGCGGAGAUUGAAAGUUUGAAGCAAGACAAGGUUAGACUGAUGGAACAAAAGGAUGGACUUGAAAUUCAGGUCCAGAAGCUGGCAGAGGAAGCGUCAUAUGCGAAAGAAUUAGCUUCUGCUGCUGCAAUUGAGCUUCGAAAUUUGGCUGAGGAAGUUACCAGACUUACCUAUGAAAAUGCAAAAUUGACUGGCAAUCUUGCUGCUGCAAAAGGGGCUUCAAGAUCUUGUGCAAAUGAUUCCAAGCAGUAUCGUGGGUUUCGUCCUGAGAACCAUUCCGGAAGACUGAUUGACGAAAAUUUAGUUGAGGACCUUCAAAGGGAAUUAGAUGUGAGACGUCAAAAAGAAGCUGUUUUUGAAACUAUAAUAUCCCGGAAAGAAGAGUUAGAAGUUGAGUUUAGGGGAAAACUUGAUGAAGCGAAACAAAGGGAAGAGAAUUUGGAGAGUGAGCUUGCUAAUUUGUGGGCAAUGGUUGCAAAGAUGAGAAAGUCCGGUCCAACUGUUGAAAAAGGGUUAUCUGAUGCAGAUUGUGGGCCAGAUAUUGUUCUUAAAUGUAAAAUGCUCCAAGAAGAUGCAUAUUGCAAUAGUUUAGAUGGAUCAAAUGCACUUGAAGAGUUAAAGGCCAGCUACCAAAGGGAAAGGGAACGAUGCAGAGAACUGGAGAGUUUGAUUUCGAGAUUAAAGGGUGAGGGUAUUUCUGGUUUGGAUGUUGUGGCUCUUGAAGAAUUGCAGAACCUUCACGUUGAAGCAAUAACGAAGAUUUGCCAUGCAAAGUGUGCAAAUCGUGUCCAAUUGCCUUAGACUGUGAUACCAAAAUGUCGACCACGGUGCCCCUGGAGAUUUUGGCAUCCGAGCUCUGUAGGUUCCACGGAGGGAACAUUUGAAUCUCAUCCUCUCCUGUACAGCCUAAGAAUGGGAAAGACUAACCCACCGAAGUUUACCCAUUUUUUUGUACUAAAUAAUCAAUUAAUAUUUAUUCGACCGUAUUCAUAACUUAUAUUUUUAUAUUCUUAGCAAACGCAAAAAUAAGAACAACCGUACUCGCAACUAGAUUGGCUAUUACCUGUAACUAGACUUUUUACUUUCUAUGAUU